AUGAAGUUUCUUGUUUUGAUUUGUGCGCUCGUUGCAACAACGAGUGCAGCUCUCCAGGGAUACAGUCUGCAAAGACCAGCUGGUUCUACACUAUCUACUGGCCCUGGACAAGCAACGGGAAGCGGAUUUUCUGUUGGAGUCAGCAGUGGACACGGACAGGAGGUGCGGGGUCUGCAAUUUUGGAACCAUGUGGAGAAGGACAAGUUCGACAUGUGGACGGUUCUUGCGUUACACCAGUUGUUAACAGUAAAGUAUAUCGUCUUUGAUGUCCCUGAACAAAAAGAACCAAUUGGUCCUCCACCAAGCAUUCCUCCUCCAAGAGUUGAUCAUAACAUCCUGUUCGUGCGACUUCCCGAAGAAGGAGAAGGACCUGAACCAAUCGUUGUUCCUCCACCAAGGCAGGAGAAUAUCGUCUAUGUUCUCAACAAAAAGGACGAACAAGCUCAGCGUGUUAUCGAGGUACCUGCUCAUCCUCCAUCAGAUCCUGAAAUCUACUUCGUCAAUUAUGAAGAGGGUGAGAACCCAACUCUACCCAUUGGUGUGGAUCUCAAUACUGCUCUUGGCUCAGCUGCUGAAGCUGGUGGACAAGUAAUUGGAGCCGCCGGAGCUGGAUUAGGUGGUAACAUUGGAGGAGUGGGUGGAGACAGUGGAUUUGGAACGGUUAGCGGAGUAGGUGGAGUUGGUGCAGGCAGUGGAUUUGGAACGGUUAGCGGAGGAGUAGGUGGAGUUGGUACAGGAAGUGGAUUUGGAACAGUGAGCGGAGGAUUUGCAGGAGGUAAUGUAGGUUCAGGAAGUAGCUUCCAGGUUGGCAGUGGUGUAAGUGGUUUCCAGACUGGCUCUCAAAUCAAUGUAGGUACCUCUCCUUCUGGUCUCUAUUCCACUCCCUAA